CUGUCAAGUAAAUUUUAAGACAAAUGACAAUACGAUCUGUCAUAAACAAGACCACGCAUUUGUCGACUGAUAAAUAUAACCUAAACUCUUAAAUAACAUUUUUAUUUGAAUGGAUUAUUUUUUAAAAUUUAAAUAAAUAUGUUUGAAGUACCAGCCUGGGGGGAUGAUGUCCCAAAGAGCGAUGCUAAAUUCAUGCGAAAAGCAAAGAAAAAAGACAAGAAACCAACAGAACAAGAAACAAAAGCCCCAAAGGUUGAAAAGAUUAAUAGAAUCCCUACCAAUAAUCUCACCAAUGGACCAAGAAAACGUAAACUUGAGAACAAAAGACCUGAUCCAAAAAAAAAAGAUAAAAUCACAAAUAACAAAAAGCAAAAACUACAUAAUACAAACAAAAAGGUACAAUCAAAAGGGCGUCCACAAUGUGACCCAAUCCCAGACACACAAAACUUUGAUGAAGUCUUAUUAAAUGCUAAAAAAAAGAAGUUUAAUGAAAGCAUUAAGAAUGAUGAUCAAGAAGACUUGUUGUUUUCAGAGAAGAAACAAAAGAAAAUCAAGAAAAAAAUAGUCAAUCAAAAUAGCAUCAGUUUAAAUAGUAUACAAGUAGAAAACAACAAUAUUGUAAAGAAAAAGGUUAGCAAUAAGUUAAAUGGCGUAGUAAAAACAGAACCUAUUAAUGCAAAGAAAGCAAAACUGAAAGCUCUUCUUGAAAAUAAAAGUAUGAGAAGCCAUAUUGAUAUAACUAAAACAAGUAAUAGUCUUAGACAAAGGAUGUUAGAGAGGUUUAAAGCUGCUCAGUUUAGGUUCUUGAAUGAAAAGUUGUAUACAACCUCAGGAUCUGAAGCACAGAAGUUGUUCAGUAAUGACCCAGCGGCUUUUAAAACAUAUCACCAGGGCUACCAGCUGCAAGUCAAGAAGUGGCCUGUCAAACCACUAGAUGUUAUUGUUAAGAGAAUUAUGAAAAUGCCAAAAACAAGCCUGAUAGCGGACAUGGGUUGCGGCGAGGCGGCGUUGUCCCGGCGCGUGCCGCAGCGGGUGCGGUCGUUCGACCUGCUGGCGGCCGCGCCCGGCGUGGAGGCCUGCGACAUGGCGCGCACGCCGCUGCUGGCCGCCGCUGUCGAUGUGGCCGUCUACUGCCUCGCGCUCAUGGGGACCGACCUCACUCAGUAUCUCAUUGAAGCUAACAGAGUCCUCAAAAUGGGCGGUCACCUCCUUAUAGCUGAAGUGGAGAGUCGCUUUGACAAAGUUGAGACCUUCACCAGCGACGUAGAAAGACUCGGCUUCAAGCUGAAGCAACUCGAUAAGAACAAUGAUGUGUUCUUUUUCAUGGAGUUCAUUAAGGUCAGAGACCCGCCAGUCAAGAAGGCCAAGCUGCCGGCGAUCACGCUCAAACCGUGCUUGUAUAAACGACGAUAAUAAAUUGUACAUACCACAA